CUCAAAAGAAAGAAAGAAAAAAAAACUACCACGUUAUGUAUUUAUUGUUGGGAGGCGAUAUCUAACAUGCGCCGUAGUUUUCGAGAACCUCACCUUGUUCCCUGAAUCUUCCUACUGCCCCAAGAAAAUGAAGAAAAUCGCGGUUACUUUAAUAUCCAGAUUGAGUUUUUAGUAAAAUAAUGACAAAUAAUCAAAGACCCAAAUCGAGUUCGUAAUGAUAAUAAAAAAUGGGGAAAUGCUCCAAUACCUAGAUCGAGUUGUUAUUAGUCAAAAAUCUCAAGAAACGGAUCAGACCACCAAAGUAAACUAAAAGAGAAAAAGGGAAUGGGAAGUUGGAGAGUGGAGAGGCUGGAUCAGUUGCCGACAGCCCUUUUGGCUACCGUCAUGACCAAGCUUGAUAUCUCUUCCAUCUGCUCUUUGGCUGUCACCUGCAGGGCUUUCAAUUCCUGUGCUUCUCAUAUCCUCUCUUUUCUUCCCAAUUUUCAUAUCCUUGAUAUAUCGCCGUCUAUGGAACUAAUCAAGUCACUGUUGCCACCAAAUUCUCACCUUCAAAGCUUAAAGCUUGAUUGUGGUCAGCUUAAUGAUUCAUCCAUUGAGCUAUUACUUCGACCUUCUUUACAGGAACUUUGCUUCCACAAUUGUGCAGAUUUUAGUGGAAAACUACUCUCUGAAAUUGGAUCACGUUGCAAGGAUGUAAGGUCUCUCUACUUGGGCUCGGUGGCUGAGAAAAGGGGCCGAGCGAUACAUAUUUCUGAUUUGGAGGAAUUACUUGGUGGUUGCACCCAAUUGGAAGAAUUGAAUUUGAUGUUUGACUUGUCACUAUUUCUUCGUCAUAACUUUGCUCGGGUUUGGGCUUUAGCUUCAAAAAAGCUCACUUCUCUUGAGAUUGGCUACAUUUCUUCAGUUAUGGUGACUGAACUGCUUAGCCCUAAUGUUGGACCCCAUCAGUACCCAAAUCAAAUUCGACCAUCGAUAUUGCCUGCCAUCCAAAAACUAUCUCUUGCUGUAGAUUACAUUACAGAUACGAUGGUCGGUACAAUAUCAAAAGGUCUCGCGUUAUUGACACACUUGGAACUUCGUGAUGCACCCCUCAUUGAACCAAGAGUUACAUUUGAUCUUACCAACUCCGGCCUUCAACAAAUCAAUCAGCAUGGGAGAUUAAAACAUCUUUCUCUUGUGAGGAGCCAAGAGUUCCUCAGUACUUACUUUAAGCGGGUUAAUGAUCUCGGGAUCCUACUUAUGGCUGACAAGUGUGCAAACAUGGAAAGCAUUUGCCUUGGUGGCUUUUGUCGUGUUACAGAUACAGGGUUUAAGACAAUUCUGCAUUCUUGCUCAAGCCUGUACAAGCUUAAGGUUUGCCAUGGAUCCCAGUUGACUGAUCUGGUUUUUCACGACAUUGCUGCAACUUCCCUCUCUUUGACUCAUGUUAGCUUCAGAUGGUGUAAUCUUCUUACCAACCAUGCCAUCAAGAGUUUGGUCCGCAACACGCAUCUCAAAGUUCUCGACUUGAGGGGAUGCAAAAACCUUGGGGAUGAAGCGCUUGCGGCAAUUGGCUCUCUCUGUGAAUUGAAGAUGUUACAGUUGGAUAAUUCUGAUAUAUCCGAUGUAGGAAUAGCAUACUUGCAACAUGGCAUUAUUAGCUCAUUGGUUUCGUUAUCUGUUAGGGGAUGCAAGAAACUUACAGAUAAAUGUAUCUCUGUUCUAUUUGAUGGCUCUUCUAAACUGGAGUUGCAAGAGCUGGACCUAUCUAAUCUUCCUAAUCUCUCCGACAAUGGAGUUUUAGCUCUUGCAAAAAGUCGGGUUCCAAUUUCAGAACUCCGAAUGCGACAAUGUCCACUCAUAGGUGACACUUCGAUCAUGGCACUAGCCUCAAUGCAGGCUGAUGACGAUAGAGGACAUGGCAGUAAUCUGCGAUUGUUGGAUCUUUACAAUUGUGGUGGCAUUACACAACUUUCAUUCCGAUGGUUGAAGAAACCGUAUUUUCCGAGAUUAAGAUGGCUAGGUGUGACAGGGAGUGUAAACAGAGACAUCGUAGAUGCUUUAGCUAGGAAUAGGCCAUUCUUGCAUGUGGCAUGCCAUGGUGAGGAACUAGGGACUGAUCCGUGGAACAACAUAGACAGUUCGUACAUGCACGACUACGAGGAGUUGGAUGAACUAGAACAAUGGCUGCAGGAAGGAGAGUGGGAGAGUGAUGAUGAAGAGAUGGAGGAUGCUGAAGAUGAUGCAGAUGUGGUGGUGUAAUGAUUUCUGUUUGUAUUUUUACUUUUGUAAUGUUGUUUGUAAGUGUAACUAGCUACUGCUGAAUGUGCUGUUAACUUAAUAGUGGGAGUCACAAUGGAUAGUGAAUAUUCAACUUGGUUGUUUUUGUGGAUUAAAAUAUGGGUAAAUUACGCAAA